AUGUGGCUUCCAUUGCUGGGCUUGGUGGCCAUUGUCGGUGCACAGGGCCAGGAGUAUUUUGAGAACUACUACAACGAGAUCGAUAUCGACGAUGAACAGGCGGAGAUCAAGACCCGCAAUGCCAUGCGCUCGCCGCUCCAGCUGUGGCCCAGCCGGCGACUAUACUAUCGCAUUGCCGGGGAACUGAGUCCGGCGGAGGCGGACAAUGUGCGCAACGCUGUGGCCACCUUCAAUGAGCGGACGUGCCUGCGCUUCGAGGAGCUGUCGGGAGCGGCUCCGGCGGGCAGUCGCUAUGUCUACUACAAGAAGUCGGCCAAGUUGUGCGGCACCCGGAUCGGGUAUAAUCCCAUUCCGCUCCUGGGCGCCGGCUCGCAUGAUGUGCAGCUCUCGCCGAAGUGUUUGGCCACGCCGGGCAUUAUACAGCACGAGACGCUCCAUGUGCUGGGCCUGUACCACGAGCAGAGUCGUCCGGAUCGCGACGAACACGUUGUGGUUGAUUACGAUAAUAUUCCACGCAAAUACUGGCCACAGUUCAUGGCCACCUCAGAGUCCACGACAACCACCUAUGAUGUGCCCUACGACUUUGAGAGCGUCAUGCACUAUCCGAAGAACGCCUUUGCCAAGGAUCCCAGCCAGCCCACAAUGCGUGCCCUGAUCGAUGGUAAUCCCGUCGAGCGCGAGAUGGGACAGACGCGUGGCCCGUCCGAGGGGGAUUUGUUCAAAAUACGCAAGAUGUACAAAUGCGAAGAGUCCAGGUGA